UUUGCUUGGGGCCGCCGUACCUCGGGGGAGGUGGAGCUGGCGGAAGAACGACCGGGGUCUUGUAGCCCUGCAGAAUCGUGGGAAUCGGGCGCAGGGGGUCACCGGAGGAACAUGGCGCCCUGGACACUCUGGCGCUGCUGCCAACGCGUGGUGGGCUGGGUUCCGGUGCUCUUCAUCACCUUCGUGGUCGUCUGGUCCUACUACGCGUACGUGGUGGAGCUGUGCGUGUUCACUGUCUCUGGCAAAGGAGAAAACGUUACUGUUUCUGGAAAAGGAGAAAACGGAAAGACCGUUGUUUACCUUGUGGCUUUCCAUCUGUUCUUUGUUAUGUUUGUAUGGUCCUAUUGGAUGACAAUAUUCACAUCUCCUGCUAGCCCCUCCAAAGAGUUCUACUUGUCAAACUUGGAAAAAGAACGUUAUGAGAAGGAGUUCAGCCAAGAAAGACAGCAAGACAUUUUAAGAAGAGCCGCAAGAGACUUGCCUGUCUACACCACAUCAGCUUCUAAAGCUAUCCGAUAUUGUGAAAAAUGUCAGUUGAUUAAACCUGAUCGGGCUCAUCACUGCUCUGCGUGUGACCGAUGUGUUCUUAAGAUGGAUCAUCACUGUCCUUGGGUGAAUAACUGUGUGGGAUUUACUAAUUACAAAUUCUUCAUGCUGUUUUUGUUGUAUUCCCUACUAUAUUGCCUUUUUGUGGCUUCAACAGUUUUAGAGUAUUUCAUAAAAUUUUGGACGCUUUGCCGCAGGAAAUCUACAGAGAAUUGCCCGAAGAAUGAACUGAAGGAGUCUCGUGCAAAGUUCCACGUGCUGUUCCUUUUCUUUGUGUCCGCAAUGUUCUUCGUCAGCGUGCUCUCACUGUUUAGCUACCACUGCUGGCUAGUUGGGAAAAAUAGAACGACAAUAGAGUCUUUCCGCGCACCUAUGUUUUCGUAUGGAAUAGAUGGAAACGGGUUUUCUCUUGGAUGUAGUAAAAAUUGGAGACAAGUCUUUGGUGACGAGAAGAAGUACUGGCUAGUUCCAGUAUUUUCCAGCUUGGGUGAUGGCUGCAGCUUUCCAACUCGCCUUGUGGGAAUGGAUCCGGAACAAGCUUCUGUUGCAAACCAGAGUGAAUAUGCCAGAAGUAUUGGCUCAAAUCAACCUUUUCCUAUCAAACCACUUAGUGAAUCAAAAAACCGUUUGUUGGACAGUGAAUCUCAGUGGCUAGAGAAUGGAGCUGAAGAAGGAGUCACCAGAUCAGGGACAAAUAACCAUGUUACAGUGGCAAUAGAAAAUUGAGUACUACUUGUUCAUAACUAACCAUUUGAUGAGAGCAAGGUAUAUAAAAACACAUUUUGGACUAUUUUCAGUUUUAUUUGCAAGAAAAUGAUGGAUGGAGUGAAAUAAUGAAAUAUAACAGAAGAUAUAUUUUUAAAGGAAGUAUUUGUACAGUUUGCUGGACCCACAGGAGCACUACAGAGCAGAAAGAUGCCUUAACUUUCAGUGUCCAUUUGUGCAGCAUUCCUCACAGCUCCUUUGAAAUAACACCUGUCUUGAGAUGCUAUCCUCACAUGUUAACAUGGCAUUUGUAUUUUUUAACACCCGAGUUUAAACAAUAGAGUUAUUUCUUAGUAUCUACAUAGAUUUCCACCCUAAAAAACUAAAAAGUUGUCUCCAGUGGUGAAGUGAGUCUAGGGCAGAUGGUGGCUAAAAAUGAUACCCAAAUCACUGAUUCUUGUGCUGUAUAAGGGAAGAAAAUACUGCUUUUUUAUUAGAUGUUUACUAAUUUAUAAUUGCUGUUUUAUACUUUUCAAUAUUUUAAUAAAGACUUUCUAUUAUUGGCUAUGAAAUAACACUCAGAAGGAUUCAGAUAAACAUAAUCAUAUAGAACAUUGAAAACAUUGAUAUAAUUCAGCAAAGGUUUAGUUGGAAGCACUAUAAUACACACCUGUAAUCCCAGCACUCAGGAGACUGAGGCCAGAUUGCUGUGAGUUUGAGUCUUGCCUAGGUUACAUAGGGACUGUAUCCAAAGAGCGGAGUAAAGGAGCAUUCUUGCAGCUGUGUGGUAUAGUGUGUGCCUGAGGCUCAGGAAACGUGGUAGUAAGAGAAAUCUUUGGGUGCUCUCUGUUUAUUCAUUAUUGUAAGUUGAAUUUUCAGGGGAAUUUAUAUUGGCAUGGAAGCACAGAGGUGCACAUAGUAUACAGAGAUUGACAGUAUGAAUAAGUGGAAGUAACUAAAGAAAAGAGUGGUAGACGGAACAUUUUAUAUUAAACAGUGAAACAAAUUCUCAGCCCUAGAAGUAUGUAAGCUACAAAAUGUUACUGAACAGACAUUCAGUUUAGGUGAUGUCUAAGAAUUCCUGUUGUCCUUUCCAGUCAUCUUACAGCGGCUUAAACAGUGACUGAAAGUGCACUUCAGAGGAAGCUGAAACAAAACAGUUCCCAGUCUUGGGCUGAUGAAAUGUUUCAGUGGAUAAAGGCACUUACUCCUAAGCCUGAGACCAGCCCCGCAUGUCCUCUGACAGUCACAUGUGAACUGUGGUGUACACAGACUCUAUUUUUUAAAUUCUCAGUUUCUGGACUCAUAUGGGAAGUCUUAAGUGUGACUCCCUGACAGUCACCUGCCAACUUUAACAGAAACAGUUGUGUUAGGAGACCAUUCCAGUGUCCUAUAGAAAGACAGUGUAGAAAUGUUCUCAGUUCAUACUGUUAUCAGAGGAACAAACCUGAAAAUGAUGGCUCGCAGUAGACCAGCAGAGAGAAGUGUCACUCGGAUGUGCAGGUGUCAGGGCUACACAGUGUCUGUACAGGGGCUGCGGAGGAGAGGGUAUCCUGAGUGAACUGAACUACCAGACUCCCAGGAUUCCCCAGUGUUGAAGUUCAUUUACCCACCAGUUAGCUCUGGUCUUCUCUGUAUACCAAACAUAAAAAUAGCGCUAUGAUUUCCCAGUCCUACACAAAUCAAGACACCUGCUGUUCCAGCUUUGUAAUUUUGGGAAUUGAUUGGAUUCUCAUUGAUUGCACUAAUUCUGUAUCUUAAGAAACUUCCCCUUUGGACCAGAGAAGUAAGUUCACUUUAAACUUUGGUUUAAAAUGUUAUGUAGCAUGAAUUUUUCUUUGUUUCAACUCUUUAUUGUUAACAAUUUUGAUUCUCAAAAAACAGAAUGAAUUAAGAGAUAAAAAUUACCACUUACACACUGGCAGCUUCAACACUUGGGAGCCUGAGGCAGGAUGGUCAGGUUCAUGCCAGGUUUGUGGCGAGUUCAGAAGUAGCCUGUGCUUCAUGAGACCAGGAGAGAGAGAUAUCACCACCCAAAACUACAACCUCAGUUUGGUAGUGGCAUGCUGCUUUCAGAAGUAUCCUGGUCCUUCUGUUCUCUUUUCACAUCAAGGGAUUUGCAUGCUUCUGGCACAGUUGCCCCUUUAGUGCACUGUUGUGUAGAGGUAUCAUCUUUUUGAGUUCUUACCAUUUGUUUGUUAGCAUAGUAGACUAUUUUUUUUUUUUAGUUUUUGGUUUUGGUAGCCUCUAUAGCCAGCAUUUUGCCAUGGUCUAAAAUAUUUACCUGGUUUUUGUUGUAUUUUGUCUUGUUUUCAGAGUUCUGAGGAAUCAAACCCCAGGGCCUUGUGCAUACUAGGGAAGUCCUCUGCCACUGGUUCAGGCUGAAUCUGUUCAUACCUACCAGUGGCUGUUCAUAAGGGGCAGCAGGUGACGGGGAGUCAGGGAAGGCUGACUUCAGUAUUUCAACUGGCUUCAAGUCUGCUGUCCGCUGGGAAGACCAGGUCAAAAUUAAGCUUUGCCAAAAUUUUAAACACUUGAACAUUUGUAAAGAAAAUGAAGUUGAAUUUCAGGUCUUGCCCUUGCCAUUAAAAACAUUAGAUAGGAGGCUUGGUUUAUCCAGGUGCAGAGGUACCUGACGUUCAGUACCUGCGGCACAUGAUCGUUGUCACUGUGCCAACCAAAGCAGCUGCAGUAUACCAGCUAUUGAAAUGAACAUGUUUACAGAGUUGUUUUCUCGUCACAUAAGAAUGAUUUUUUAAAAACUUUUUACAUAGUGGUUAUGAUUCAAUGUGUUAUGAGCAUAACAGGUUAGCUUAAAUGUAUGGUAUUUACUUGAAUUUUAAUCUUUACAGAAAGCAGAUUUUGACUGUUUACAGGAAUGCUUGAGAUGAGUCAAGAGAUCUCCCGUUCUCUCUGAAUCAAAUCUCUAUUAAAGGCUUAGUGUUAGAGCCUGUGUAUUUGGGAAAGGCAGUAACUCAAAAAUACGCCUAGCUUACAUCUCGUUCUACAAACUAGUACUUCUAGCCAUGGAUAAGUAUUUUUAACUAAUCUGAUAUUAAGACAUAUUUUUGCAUUUCAGUCAAACUAAUAAGAACAUAUGUAAACGUAUAGAUAAGAUGUAAAUCUGAAAUUCAUAUUUCAUAUGAUCUAAGCUGUAUUUUUAAAUUUAAAAUACAAUAGAUAUUCAGAAGGGUCCAUAUUUUUCUAAUGACUUCACUGUUAUUUUCUUGGGUUACGUAAAGCAGGAAUCAGAUUUGUAUUAAGGGGCUCAGAAAGCUGUUAGUUCGUUACAUUUGUGCAGGAUACAGACAAGCCUGUGCCCAUGCUAGAGAAAAGAUGGCUACUAGUUAAGGUGAUACUUAAUAUAGUUUAUCUUACUUGUCUUUAUCAAGUAGUUUAGCCUUGUAUUUAUUUCUCGUUUGUGUGAACCCCAACCAUGACUGAUGACUCUUUGCUCUGUAUUUUGGAUGGCCUAACCUACAUUAUAUGUGUGCAUUUUUCAACUUUUUUUUCAGCAAUCAUAAUUACUUUAUUAAUAAACAGAAAAGAUAUUGCC